GUAAAAAAGCUACUUCCGGUGUUUGUCAAAUUAUCUCCCCUGAAGUAUAUAACUAAAGUACUACUAGUAAUUGAGUAGUGUUACACAGUAUGUUGAUUACUCUAACAAGAGCUGUAUCUAGAAUCACCUUUAUUCCAGUAGCUAUUAAGUACCUACUGACAGCAAGUACAACAUCAAGACUUUUAGUGGCUGGAUCACAGAAUUUGUUUACAAGUCCUGUCAGUUGUAAUGACGAAGUGAAAAAGGCCCAGGCUGCCACCAAAUCAAGGGAACCUACAAUCUUCAGUAAAAUCCUAGACAAAUCUAUUCCUGCUGACAUUUUAUAUGAAGAUACUGAGUGUAUAGCCUUUAGAGAUGUCAGUCCACAAGCACCUGUCCAUUUCUUAGUGAUUCCAAGGAAACCAUUAACUGGUAUAGAUGAUGCUACAGACACUGAUGAGAAGCUUUUAGGCCACUUACUUUUGGUAGCAAAGAAAGUUGCAGAACAAGAAAAAUUGGAUAAUGGAUACAGAAUAGUAAUUAACAAUGGACCAGAUGGAUCUCAGUCAGUUUACCAUCUUCAUCUCCAUAUAAUGGGAGGACGACAAAUGGAAUGGCCACCAGGAUAAUGUUUUGAUACUUAUAUUAUUGUAUAAAAUAAAUGUUAGACCAUUUUAUCAUUGUGGUGCUUAAAAUUUGACACAUAAAGUAUUGUGCUUUUUAUGUUAUGUUUACAAUGUGCAUACAAGUGAAUUUUAAACAGAUAAAGUGAUAUUUUCAUAAA